AUGGCAUUUACUCAACGUCUUACGAUUCAUUAUCGUGAAAUACAGAAGAAUCCGCCUCCAUUAUGUUAUGCAGAACCUGAAGAUCCUGAUAAAAGCAUGAUUCAUUGGAUUGGUUGGAUCGAAGGGCCACAAGAUACACCAUAUGCUGGUGGCAAAUUUCGUUUGAUUAUCGAUUUUCCUGUAGACUUUCCAUUCAAACCACCUAAGAUACAUUUUAUCACACCAGUUUUUCAUCCAAAUAUCAGUAUAAACGGUGAAAUCUGUUUGGAUAUACUUCAUUCACAAUGGUCUCCAGCGUUAACUAUACGUGGUCUUUUAAUAUCAUUGUGUUCGCUAUUGACAGAUCCAAAUCCAGAACAUGGACUUAAUAAAGAUGCACUGAAAUUCUAUCGAACGGAUCAGAAAAGAUACAACGACACAGCGAAAGAAUGGACACAGAAAUAUGCUACGGAGAAUAAUAAUUAA